AUGUCGGAUUUGCACGAUCACGCAGCAGCCAGCGACCGCGCGCGCCUUGCGCCUGCCGUUGUUGAGGAGCUGACCAAGGCGUUUGCCGUGUGCGACAAGGACGGCAACGGCGUCAUCACGCUGAACGAGCUCGGCCAGGUCGUCUCGAAUCUCGCCAACGUCUCUGUUCCAGACACCAAAGAACUCGAGGCAUUGAUGCGCCUCAUGGACAAGAACGGCGACGGGCUGAUUGAGCUGGACGAGUUUAUUGCCACAAUGGCGGAUUGGCUGCAAGACGAUGAAACGGGCGCGGCACAGGCAACGAAUCGCAAACGGCGCGCCGGUGACGAUGCCGUCGAUGAGCGAUUCAAAAUCCAUCGCAAAGUGACGCGAUUCUUGCUGCAGUUCCGCGUCGCCUCCAACUUUUCAGAGGUCCGCUCCAACGUGUCGUCUUGGCAAGACACGCAAAUGAUGGACUUUGUCAACGCCAAUGAUGUCAGCAUGGAUGUCGAUAUGCCCAUUCUCGGACGAGAGACGUCGUCCCCUGCCACCGAAGCCGUGAAGGCCGCCGCGCUGGCGAGCGCUCAAAACGCAAACUGGGACGUCCUCAUCCACACCAUCUCAACCCUCGACAGCUGUGAAUCGGCUCUGCUGACACUGUGUGAAUUGCUCGUCAAUCUGCUUUCAGCCUACCCGACUCCAGCAGACCGUCGUCAGAUUGGCGAAGCGCUGGUCGCCGUGUACGAAAAGCUCCACCCGCUCAUUCCGCGACUGGUCCAGUUUAUGCAAUCCAUCUUUCCCUCCACGCAAUGGUACUCGUCCAAGAUUGUCACGCUGCUCCUGCCCGGUCCUCGCAUCGCCAACAUGCCCGCGGACUUUUGGAUGCACUCGUCGCACCACGCCUUCAAAAACGCGUUCGUCGAGGCUGGCGGCAUGCCAGUUCUUGUGAAGGCGCUCCUCAGCUCCUAUCCUCAAGUGCGUGGACAAGCGCUGCUCUGUGUGGGCGCACUGGCGCGGGACCAUCCAGUCUUGCGUGACCAGCUCCUCGAGCUCGAUGUGCUUGGACCAAUCCAACGCAUCUUUAACGGUAUUUUUGCUCAGCCAAACUUCAUUGUCACGUUGCGCGAUGCGACCUGGGUACUUUCCGUCAUUUGUGGUGAUGUGGCGUUCGAGUCACUGGCUCACUGGCAUCUUGUCAAAAACCUGCUGCCGUUGCUGGCCGAGCUGCUCUCGCACGCUGGAAGAACCUACACGGACGCUGUGGUCAUUAUCAACGUUUGCAAAUGCCUCGCGUUUUUGCUCCCCGGUGUCCGCGAAAAUGAUCAGUCUGUUGUGACCCGCUCGUUGGUCGAGGUGCUCAACUCUGCCACCGAGUCGCGUCUCAAGAAGGCCGUCUUGUACACCAUUGGACAGCUUUUGGUGGAUGAGAAUCUUGCUCAGAAUUUGCUCUUCCAUAACCUGUUGGCGAGCAUCCGCGACCUGCUGCAUCAUGAGGAGGAGCCUACGGUGCGAUAUGCCGCUUGCAAGCUGCUCGCCAUGCUUUCGGGAGCACGCAGCCGCAUCCAACUCCUCAUCGAUACUGGAGUUGUGGAAGACAUGAUCACUCUUGUGCAAAACGACAAGCACACCCGCAAGGUUGCCGUGCGCGUGCUUCGCAACCUCACUCAAGGGACCUUGCCUCAAAUCAUUCAUCUUACCACGUACAAUCAGCUGGUGGCCGUCCUAUGCCACAUCUUUUCCUACUUUUUGUCAAAGGAUGAGGUCUUGGAGAAUGUCUACAACUAUCAAGGCCCGUCCUUUGAGUUUGAAAUCCUGCAGGAUGCCGUGGUCGCUUUGAAUGCGAUUAUUGACGCUGGACAGGUCGAGGCAGAUGAGUUCAACCGCCCCAACCCUCUUGUGCAGCUUUUUGCGGUGGAUUCUCUCAACCAGAUUGGCUUGUUGUUGCGCACCAUCCGUGAGCAACCUGCCGAGAUGCUGAAUGCAUUCAAGCAUCACAAUGACAAUGUUGGCGUCACCGUGGAAGAGCGCAUUCGCCACUUGCUGCAGAAGAUUAAGAAAAAUGUCGAUCGCAGCAUCGCCCAGCAUCUCGAGUACGAGGGUCUGGAUCACGCCGCAGCGCUGUUGGACGACGUGCUCCGCACAUUCUUCACCUCAAUGUCCUCCACUGCCAAGAUUUUGUUGAUCAAGUGCGCCUUGGAUGACGAGAUUCGUGUGGUCGAAGUUCCGCGUGCCGUCACAUACGAGGAUUUCCGCUCCAUCAUUGAGGCGCGCUUUGGAGGCGAGCUGCUCAUCACGUACAAGAACAUGGAGGGAGAGUUUAUUGCGAUCGAUCGCUUGGCAGUGUUGGAGCGCUUGAUGGAAAAGCGACAGCAGGAUCAAGCUGCAUUCAUCAAUGUGCAAUUGUUCCGCGACCCCUCUGGACGCGCGCGUGCGGCGAGCAGCGGCAACCUUCCUUCGACAAGCGAGACCUCUGUGCUCUCGGAGGCGGUUGUCGCUUCGAAAGCCGUCUCGACCACAGUUGGAACGCCGCUUAAAACUCCGGGACUACCCAACUUGGGCGAUUCCGGCUUUGCCUUUUUCUCCUCGUAUGCCGACCUCUCGGCCCCGACGCAGCCAGCCAAGAAUGCGCUCUUCCAAAAUUUGCUCGCCGUGACUCACUUUGGCCCAAGCGAACUGAAUGAGCUGAUUGCCAAAUGGUCAACGCUGACAACGGACUCGCAUGGCCAGAUUGAUCGCGCUCGGUUUGAGCAAGGUCUUCGAGAGGUUGGCUGCACCGAUCCGUUGGUGAUUGAAGAAAACUUCAAAGCGUUCGACACCGACGGCAACGGCAUGAUUUCGUUUGCCGAGUUUGUCUGCGGUUUGUCAGUCCUCACGCGCGGCACUCCGGAUGAAAAGCUUGCCCUAAUGUUCCGAUCUUACGAUCUCGAUGGCAAUGGCUACAUUUCCAAGGAAGAAAUGACCUUGAUCGUGCAGUCCUGCAAGGAGGCUGCCGGAGAAGUUGCGCAUCCUGAGCAGAUUGCCAGCGAGGUUGCUCAGCUGUUUGCGAACAUUGAUGUCGAUGGUGACGAGCGCAUCACGUUGGACGAGUUUAAGAGUGGUGUUGCCAACGGUGCGCUCAGCCUCGUUCUUUCCGUGCAUGGCACGACUGCGUAAAACACCAAUCCCUUUCCGGUGACCUCACGAUUUCACUUUGAAUGUUGUUCCGUUUUCCCCCGUCCCCCGUUGUCCUCUCCUUCCAUGUCUGUGCUUUCGUGAGCAAACCUGACUUGUCUCGAAAUGUGUUUGUUCGACACUUGAGACUUUGAGAACUAGUACAGUACUGUACAAUAAAGACUGAUGCCUGGAA